CUGAGGAUUUUAGUUGCCCUAGCCCCUCAGGUACCAGUUUAAGAUCUCGAAGCGCGAGCCACCGCGAGCGUGAAUUAGGGUUCGUGACGGAUUUGCCGGCGCUUCGCUCCGAGAAGUGUUUCUAGGGUUUAGAUCUCGCAGGUAAGAUGCCUCCUCGGUCGGCUAAGAAGACGGCAGGGCAGAGGAAGACGGCGGCUAGGACUUUCAGGGCGGCGCUUAAAGCUCAGACCGAGGCGGAGGUUGUGGAGGAGCCCACCGAGGUGGAAGAGGUCCCGCCUUCCGUCGAGGAGGUGAAGGAAGAGACCAAGGUAGAGGCUGUCGUCGUCAGGGAUAAGAUGUUCGAUCUUAAUUCCAGUGAUAUUGGCCGUGACUCCGUCGAUGUUGAAUAUGAAGAGGUUGUCAAGGAGGUUUACUUGGAAGAAGAAAAUGGUGAAAGGUUAGAGUUAGAGGACAAUGAGGUGGAGUAUGAACAUGAAGAAGAUACUGCUGUAGAUUAUGAUGAGAAGUAUGUUGAGAAUGAAGUACAAGAAGAUUAUGUUGAUGGAGAGGGUGAAGAAGGUGAUGUAAUUGAAGAGGUGGAAAUUGAUAUGGUUGAUGAAGAAAUCGUGGAUGAUAGAGAUCACUUAGAAGGUGAGGAAGAUGAAAAUGUUGAGGGAGAGCAUAUGCUUAAUGCUGAGGAAGAAGAACAACACAAAGUAGUUGAAGAACAUAGAAAAAGAAAGGAGUUUGAAAUAUUUGUUGGUGGCCUAGAUAAAGAUGCUAAUGAAGAUGACCUCAAGAGAGUUUUUUCUCAAGUGGGAGAGGUCACUGAGGUUCGGUUAAUGAUGAAUCCAUUGACAAAGAAGAACAAAGGAUUUGCAUUUUUGCGUUUCGCAACUGUAGAGCAGGCAAAGCGUGCUGUGUCAGAUCUCAAGACUCCUGUGGUACGCGGUAAGCAAUGUGGAGUUGCUCCAAGUCAAGACAGUGAUACACUGUUUGUGGGUAAUAUUUGCAAAUCUUGGACAAAGGAACAUUUUAAGGAAAAACUUAAAAGCUAUGGAGUUGAGAAUGUAGAAGAUGUGACCCUUGUUGAGGAUACUAAUAAUGCGGGAAUGAAUCGUGGUUUUGCCUUCCUGGAGUUCUCAUCACGUACUGAAGCAAUGGAUGCUUACAAGAUCUUGCAGAAGAGAGAUGUAGUGUUUGGUGUUGAUAGGACCGCUAAGAUCGCCUUUGCAGAUUCUUUCAUUGAUCCAGAUGAUGAAAUUAUGGCCCAGGUUAAAACUGUUUUCAUUGAUGGCUUACCUGCUAUGUGGGAUGAGGAUCGGGUUAGGGAUUGCCUCAAGAAAUAUGGUGUAAUUGAGAAAGUUGAGCUUGCUCGUAAUAUGCCAGCUGCCAAAAGGAAAGAUUUUGGAUUUGUUACUUUUGACACUCAUGAUAAUGCUGUUGUAUGUGCUGAUGGUAUUAACAAUACGGAACUAGGGGAAGGUCAUAGCAAGGUCAAAGUUAGGGCUAGAUUGUCUAGGCCACAUCAAAGAGGAAGAGUGAAACGCAGUCUUCAUGGAACUUUUAGGCCUAGCCGGGACGCUCCACGAAGUGGCCGUGCAUCAUAUCACCGGCCUCCACCUACUAGGUUUUCAAGUUAUGCCUAUAGACCAGUUGGUGCUCGUGGUGUGUCUAGUAGCAGUCGCGGUAUGAAGAAGCCUCUUGGACAUAGGGAUAGACACCCUGAGAUGAUAAUGGCAGAGCGGGUAAGGCGUUUGCCUCCACCAGAGAGGUCCUAUCAGAGAAGGCCACCUGCACCUGUUGAUACAUAUCCAAGAAUUAGUGACAGGAGGGACUAUGUGAGACGUGAUGACCUACCACCUCCUAGAAGCCGACCUGUUCCAGAGUAUGGUUCCCGAGUGCCCAUCGAGAGAGUUCCAUCUUAUCGAGAUGAUUACUCCUUUCGAGGGCCUGGUUACUCUGAAUUGCCACCACGUAGUGCCUCUCGUCCUAGUGACAGGAGGGUUUACAUUGAUGAUGAUUAUGAGAGGAAACUUGAACGCCCCCUCACAUAUCGAGAAGGCCGUAGCCGAGAUUAUGUUUCAGUUUCUGGGUCAAAACGUCCUUACUCAGAAAUGGAUGAUCCUCGUUAUGCUGAUAUAAGCAUACGCCAGCCAAGGGCUCGCUUGGAUUAUGCUGUUAGUGGUACUGGAGCUCAGUAUGGACAUGCUUAUAGUGAUAGGCUUGGUCAAGAGAAUGUUGGAUAUGGUAGUACCCGAGGUUCUCUUUCUGGUCACGAUACCUUGUAUGGGACUCGUCAGGGAAUGACUUAUGCGCGGGGUUCAACUAGCAGUAGUGCAGGUGGAGUAUACUCAUCAAGCUUCGGCAGUGGCUAUUUGUCACGUGGAUCUGAUGGUGGUGGUGGUUCAGCUUCAUCAUCUUUCAUUUCUGGGCGUAGUUUGAGUAGCCGUGGAUAUGCUGGCAGCGGUGGAUCUAGUUCAUACUAUUAAGGAACUUUUCUGGCUUGGAUAUUACAUUUUUUAGCACCACUUGGUUUGUGUUCAGUUAUCAUGCAUAGAUUUAUCUCCAGAUCUGACAGUAAUGAAGGCUGGUGCAGGCUGUGGAUUCUAGGAAGCUUCUCUAUGCGUUGCCUGCAUGUCAGGAAAGAUGGCCUAACACUGAGCACGCGUAGCCUGUUUUCCUGCUGUUUUUGUGAGAGAACUUGGUGAAAUCAAAUUAAGAAGCAGCAAGCUGUAAGGUGUGGUCUGACCAGUUAUUUGAACUCGAACCUUUAAUUAGUGUUAUUCAAUGUAAGGGAAUUUUAACAUACUGAGUGACAAUAUGGAACAUCGAGAAAUGAUGUGCUAUGUAUGAAGCAUGUUGUUUUCAGCUUUGAGAGUGUUGGAUGGAGAAAGAUUUUAGCAGUUAUGUUUUAAUUGAGCAGUGUUAAGUGGUAUUCUAAAGGUGAAGUGCUUCUGGAUGCUUCAGUUUGGAUUAAGCAUUUGAGAUUAAACACCUUGAAGUAUAUCAUUUUUAAGCAUUGCUUGAAGGAUAUUCUGGUUAUGAGUUAUACUCGAGGAUUUGGUAUUGUAAAUUGAGAAAGCUUCCGAAUU